AUGAAGAGCACUACUUCUCUCCUCGUUACCCUCCUCUCCGCCGCAACCCAGACAGCCGCCCACGGCUAUGUCUCCAACAUCGUGAUCAACGGUGUCUCCUACCGAGGCUGGCUCCCCGGCCAGGACCCAUAUAACCCCAAUCCUCCCAUCGGCGUCGGCUGGGAGACACCCAAUCUCUCGAACGGCUUCGUGACCCCCGAGGAAGCCUCCACCGACAAGAUCAUCUGCCACAUCAACGCCACCAACGCUAGAGGCAGCGCUACCGUUGCUGCCGGCGACAAGAUCUAUAUCCAGUGGGAGCCCCGCCCGUGGCCGGAGAGUCAUCAUGGUCCGGUAAUCGACUACCUAGCCAAUUGCGGCGCAAGCUGCGGAACAGUCGACAAGAACGACCUCGAAUUCUUCAAGAUCAGCGGACCGGGCCUAAUCGACGGCUCCAGCCCCCCAGGCUACUGGGCCGACGACCAGCUCAUCGCCAACGGAAACGGGUGGCUCGUGCAGAUCCCCGCCUCCAUCGCGCCGGGCAACUACGUCCUCCGCCACGAGAUCAUCGCCCUGCACGGCGCCGGAAGCCGCAAUGGCGCCCAGCUAUAUCCGCAGUGCUUUAAUCUAAAGAUUACGGGAUCCGGCAAUGUCCAGCCAAGUGGCACGCUCGGGCCUGACUUGUACACCCCGACGGAUCCGGGGAUCUUGAUUAAUAUUUAUCAGGUGCUGACUAGUUAUAUUGUCCCUGGCCCGGCGUUGAUUCCGCAGGCGGUUGCGAUCCAGCAGAGUUCGUCGGCGAUUACCGCGAGUGGGACGCCGACUCCUGUGUAG